AUGGUUGAUAUUGACGUUGAAAGUUUGUUUAACUAUGCCAUGAAGGGGCAAUGGGGAGAAGCCUUAGAGGCCUACAACGAAAACCCGGGUGUAUUGGAGGCUAAGAUCACAGAAGCAGAAGACACGGUGUUACACAUUGCUGUGUACUUGGGGCAAACGUGCUUUGUGACCAAUCUGCUUGAUAAGAUCCACGAAGAGGUGUCUCUUAACAUCUUAUACAUGCAAAACUCGAAGGGUAACACUCCCCUUCACCUUGCAGCAGAGCUUGGGAACGUGGAACUGUGCCAUGACAUUGCCAAAAGGGAUCCAAACCUCAUUUGUGGUCGCAACUUGGAAGGUGAGUCCCCUCUCUUCUUGGCAGCUGUUCAUGGCAACAGAGAUGCCUUCUUUUGUCUCCAUCGCCACCAACAAGGACAUGCUGAGGACGACUCGCUGGCUAGGAAAAGCAAUGGUGACACCAUCCUUCAUUCUACCAUCGCCACUGAAUUCUUUGGUUUAGCACUUCAAAUAAUAGAGUUGUACCCAAACCUGGUGAAUUCUGCAAACCAGGACGGAUUGACACCUCUUCAUAUUCUUGCUGGGAAGCCUAACUGUUUCAAAAGCAGUACAAGGAUGGAGUUGCUUCAGCGUAUUGUAUACACUUGUUCGUUUGUUGAUGAAUUUGAGGAAACAGAUGAUGGACGUUAUGACAAAGCAGAGACAACUGAGCACUGUCCAGCGAACUACGCAACAUGCGCAACCUUCAUAUCAUUGUUUAAGAGUAUUGCAAUAGGAAAUGGGAAAAAUGAUGCAAGGAAUGACGAAGAGAAUAAUGUCUCGCCAAACUAUGAGCAAGAGCAUGCAAAGAAAGCAAGGAAAGAAAAGAAACAGCCCGUGAUCCCUCCCAAUUGGGCAGCCACGAUCCGAUUCCUGAUCCAUAUGAUGAAGAUCUUGCUUGUCAUUUGUGGUGUUGGAGCAUCUUGGAUAGGGAAAAUCCAAAGAAAGAAGGUGAAACACGUUCUGGCUAAGCAAGUGAUGAAUGAGCUAAUUCAGCGUACUUCUUCUGUGAACAAGUAUGAUUAUACAAAUAAGAGAAAAGGAAGCAUAAACAGUAGUAAUGAUAAGGAGAAAGGGGGCAUUGAGAACAAUAGAAGAAGAAGAAUGUCACCUAUUUUAAUUGCAGCAAAGAUGGGAGUGACCGAAAUGGUUGAGAAGAUCCUUGAGACAAACCCUGUGGCCAUCCAAGACGUGGACUCUGAUAACAAGAAUGUUGUUCUUUUGGCCAUAGAGAAUAGACAGCCUAAUGUUUACAGCUUGUUAAAUAAAAAGAGUUUUAUCAAGGAUAGUGCAUUUCGCCAAGUGGAUAACCAAGGUAACAGUGCAUUGCACCUUGCUGCCACCUAUAGGAAUCAUAAGCCUUGGCGUGUACCUGGUGCUGCCAUGCAAAUGCAGUGGGAAUACAAGUGGUAUAAGCUUGUUAAGGACUCCAUGCCACCAAAUUUCUAUGAACGUUACAACAAGAGCGGGAAUACAGCAAAGCAGCUCUUCAUCAGUACACACGAAAGGCUCGCAAAAGAAGGUGGUAAAUGGCUGACCAAAACCUCGGAAUCAUGCUCAGUGGUUGCAGCACUUGUUGCAACCGUUGCAUUCACAACCUCAACAACCGUACCAGGUGGUCCUGACCAAAACACAGGCUUUCCAUUAUUUCAAGGAGAACCUGCUUUCAACCUCUUCGCUAUAGCAUCACUUGUUGCACUUUGUUCCUCCGUCACUGCUUUAGUUUUGUUUCUUUCGAUACUCACAUCACGGUUCCAAGAAAAGGAUUUUGCUAUGGACUUGCCGAGAAAGCUUCUUCUGGGGUUGACCACACUCUUCACAUCUAUAGCAUCUGUUUUGGUCUCAUUCUGUGCAGGGCAUUAUUUUAUCGUUGAAGACGAGCUAAAAAUUGCGGUCUAUCCCAUAUAUGCUGCUACGUGCUUACCUGUGUCAUUUUUUGCAUUGGUUCAACUCCCUCUUUACUUUGAUCUCUCGUUGGCUAUGAUAAGGAAGGUUCCUCAGCGCUGCUAUAAAGUGUCGUCGCAUGAAUUGCUUCAACAUUAGCUCAAUUCUUGAUUAAGAGCUUUUUAAUUGGUUGUCAAUUGGCAAUUAUCUUAAACACUAGUAAACUGUUCGUUUCAUUUCACACCAUUUAUCUAUGGGAAAGCGAAGUUCCACCAA